ACGACGUGUGCGAGUUCCUGUGGAGAUGGACGAGGGUACCUCUACAUCUGGAUCGAGGAGUCGUCUGGCUUGGGUAUCUUCUUCCCGCCAGCGAGAGGAGGAGGAGGAGGUGGCAGUGCCAUACCACGAGGCGGAGGAGGUACCGGAUGUUGACCCUCCACUCGGGGAGGAGGAUGAGCAGGAGGAGGGCUUCCCGGGAGGGCCCAGUGACACUUCAGUGCUGCUUACCUACCGCGAUCACGUCGCUCGGCGUAUCUGGGAGGGAGAGGAGAGAGAGCCGUUGAAAAUGGUGAACCAUGCCCGGAAUAUUUUCAGUCUGUUUAAACCGACUGCCGAGUGGUUUAACGACGCGGUGAGAGCUUCAGGGCUUAGUGGGCUCUGCAUGACGGGGUAUUCCAUCAUCAGCCACGGCAUGCAGGGGGCCUUUAUGGAGCGGUGGCACAAGGAGACGUCUUCUUUCCACUUACCGGUUGGGGAGAUGACGAUCAUCUUGCAUGAUGUGCAGUGUCUUCUCCACCUGCCGAUCAGGGGGGCGCUGUUGACCCACUUCCGGAUCUAGAGGAUCGAAGCCACAGAGUGGAUGGCGCUAUAUUUGGGUAUGGAGCCCGAAGUUGCUGACUAUGAGUGCAUCACGACAUUUGGGCCUCAUAUCCGGUUCACCAUACUGAGCCGCUAUUUCGAGAACCACCCGGUGGCGGCGGCCAAGGCCGAGGAUGCGGGUGACGAGCUAUUUACACAUUAUCACCGUGGCUGCGCUCUCCGGUGCUGGUACAUGCAUGUGGUAGGCGUUGCGAUCUUUGUGGACAAGAGUGCGAGGUACGUCGACGUGACCUACCUCCACUACUUCAUGGACUUGACCACCGUUCACCAGUGGAACUGAGGAGCAGCUACUCUGGCAUACCUAUACCAGAAGCUGAAUGAGGCCUCCAACGGGAGGACGAGGCAGUUGA